AUGACAGGUGACCACCACCAGAGCCAGCGAUUUGGUGAAGUGUUGGGGAAGGGACUCAAGAAUUCUGAUCUCGUCUUGGGCUAUGGUGUUGACCUCUGCUUCCUGAACUACGUAAUAGGAAAGCAUCCAAGAGUGAAUAAUAUAAAAUUUGGAAAAUCCAACUAUGGGAAGCGUGUGGAAGGCCCGGGAAAUGUGACUGUCAUGAACACAAGUCAGACAAGUUUCAUUGUACCUGUUCUUUACAUUUCACCCAGCCCAGGAAAAAAAUCCAGCCAACCAAUACUGGAAUCAACACAUAAAUCAAACACUAUACCAGAAGGUUCCUCUAUCUGUCACCAAUAUAAUCAUCCUCAUCAUCCUGAGCACUACCCUGGAUACCACCUCAACAGUCAGAAAUAUGUACAGGGACAGAAAGCAGAGCUGCUUAGUGUGAAUAAUCCCUGGGGAAUUGGGACACAUGCUUUAACACUCUUGACUGAUGGAGCAGAAGUUAGGCGCACCGUGUUCAAAUGGCUUAUCAAUCAAAUUUUCAAUAAACCCAAUAUAUCCUUCCAGAGGACAUCUUGGCCCCUCUGGGUGAUUAUUAUUCCUGGAAUAAUGGUAAUCCUGGGAGUAACUAUUGGUCUCCUUGUACAUUUUCUGGCAGUUGAAAGAAUGUACUAUUACCAAGGUGAUUUUCACAUUUCCGGAGUCAUGUAUAGUAGCAGUUGUGAAACUACUCCUUCCCAAGCUAACACAGAACUGAGCAGAGAUAUUGAGGCUAAGAUGCUAUCUGUGUUUCAGAAUUCUAGAAUAUAUAAAGAGUAUGUCAACUCCCAGAUCAUCAAAUUUUUGCCUCAUUCAAAUGGGUCGAAGGUGCAGUUACAUCUGACGUUCAAGUUUCCUCCAGGAAAGAGGCAUAGCAUGCGGACUAAAAUCAGAGCUAUCUUACAUCAGAUGUUGAGAGCCAACCAGGAAACGUGGAAAGCAGUUCCCACUUCCAUUCAAAUUAUGGAAAUCAGCAAGUUUAAGACUGACAUGCUUGUCAACAAUUGUUGUGGAAGACCAGUGGUCGACAGUGCUGCAACUGGCAACCGGGUUGUGAAUGGGAGGGAUGCCCAGGAAGGGGCGUGGCCGUGGGUGGCCAGCCUGGCGUGGCGGGCCCGGCACUUCUGCGCAGCCUCGCUCAUCGGCAGCCGGUGGCUACUCUCUGCGGCUCACUGCUUUGCUAAGUAAGAAAACGAAUUAAGCGACUGGACUGUUAACUUUGGACUUGUAGUAAAUAAACCGUAUGCGACCUACAGAGUGCGGAGGAUCAUUUCGCAUGAACAGUUUAAGUCCGCUGGGGUUCACAAUGAUAUUGCACUUGUGGAACUGGCUAAGGAAGUGUCUUUUACGAAGUACAUUCGUAAGAUUUGUCUGCCUGAAGCCAACAUGAAGCUCUCAGAGCAGGACAGCGUUGUGGUUACAGGAUGGGGCGCCCUUUCUAUGAAUGGUCCUCGGCCUCUGAUACUCCAAGAAGCUCCGUUGAAGAUUAUUGACAAUGACGUCUGCAAUGCCCCCCACGUGUUAUCUGGCUUGGUGUUGGACACGAUGCUAUGCGCUGGCUAUUUAUCAGGAGGAGUCGAUGCCUGUCAGAAUGAUUCUGGUGGACCAUUAGCUUAUAUUGACUCCAGGAGAAUCUGGCACCUUGUUGGAAUCGUAAGCUGGGGUGAUGGAUGUGCUAAAAAGAAUAAACCAGGCGUCUACACACGAGUGUCUUCUUAUCGUGACUGGAUCAUGUCCAAGACGGGACUCGGAAAGAAAAGUAAUUAUGAAAGGGACUAGGAAGACAACGUCAAGGUCUUCCCCAUUGCUUCAAGACCUUCUUCUGUUCAUUGAUGGCAAAUGGAUCAUUUCCUUAUGCAACAAAAUACAAAUGCCUAUAUUUCUUUAUAUCAAGAGCACUAUUUACUUGUUUGUCUAUUUAGCUAAUUUAGAUGAUAGAAAGAAAAGAAAUAAGGCCCAAAAGUAUUUUUCGUAAUUGCCUAGUUUUCAUUAAAUCUUAUAAUUAUGUUCCAAACUAAUUCAAUUGGCUUUUUCAUAAUUAACAGGAAGUAAACAUUUUGAAAGUAUGAGAACACGUAUGCAGGAUCUAUCAACUGUAUUCUAUUAAAUACAUUAUAAUUUCACUUUGUUAAGCUGGAAUGUGGGAGACAAAGAAUUUGCAUUUAUUUUUAUCUGUAUAUGAAAUAGUCUGUGUGCCUCAUAAAAUCAGAUGUUGGGAGACAGGUGAUC